AUGAAAGUUAAAAACAAUGAACAUGUUGAUACUGAAUCAUCGCAUAAUGAGUCAGAGUUAUUGGUUACUAUUUUGGUUGUCUUAGUUUCUGCAGCUGCUUUGGUAGUCGGAUUUGAAGUUGGUACCACAGAUGGACUUGUCUCCAGCUUGCUGUUCACACAAAGAUAUGGACAAAUUGUGGGAGUCACAUUAGGGAUAGUGGUUCUGGCAUUCAACUUAGGUGAGGUUUGUGGAUGUAUCUCUGUCUUGUUUGCUUUCAGAUUGCGGUCGGAUACCCUAAUCAAGGUUGGUUACGGAGUCUAUGCUGCUGGUGUUCUCUUUCAAAUUUUGACAUCCAUAUUGGCAUACGAUUUUUUAUGGUGCCUUGUGGCGUAUAGAGUAACAUUGGGAAUUUCUGGAGGAAUAUUCAUACUUAUUUGUCCCAUUUACAUUACCCAGAUUACCAUCGACCCCACAAGGCGUGGUCAAUAUUUACUGUUGAUACAACUUUGGCUUUGUGGAGGUAUCAUGUUAGGAAGUGGACUUUCAAUUGCAAUUGAUCCAUUUAUCUUACAGUACUGUGGAAAUUGUGGGAUAUGUUUAUUAGGAUCUGUUAGCUGUUGGUUACUUACUCCUAUUGACCCUAUUUCCUCGUCACUGUUGCGAUACCUAGCAGAAAUCAAACAAGAGGAACAAAAGGCAAUUAUCGAGCCUCAACCUCUCAUGAAUCCACAGAAAGAAUUAAGACCUCAAGAGGACACCAGUGAACAGGAUCUGAAUAUGCCCCUUACUGGCAAUGGGCUGCCAUUCAGGUGGAGGAAGUUAGGAUUUUGUGUCACCCUCAUGGUUUUCCAACAACUUACUGGUAUAAAUUUCUUCUUUUAUUAUUCUAAAAGGAUCGUUGGAGACCAGCCAUGGCCCUUAGUUCUUGCAAGUGUCAAUCUUGCUGGAAGUAUUGCUAGUUUCAAAAUGGUGAAAUGGUUUGAUAGGUUAUUUCUUCUUCAAAUGGGCUCAGGUACUUUGACAGCCCUAUUAUGCAGCUACUGGGCUUGUGAAAGCUCAAUUGUAGUGUAUGCUAUUGUGGUGGUUUUUUCCGUUUCUUGGGGUCCUGUUUCAGGCAUAGUCAUUAAUGAACUAGCCAAUGCUAACAAGCAAGUUUUGACGAUUUCCAUAUCGGCUAACUUUGCGUUUAGUUUCUUGGUGGUCAAUAUAUCCCCUGUAUUGAUGAGUAUAAUGGGAUUGAACUUAUUAUGGUGUUUUGUGGGUGCAAUGAUAGUUCUGUUGGCAUUUUUGAUGGUCGUUCCCGAAACAAAGCAUCUUCUGAAUACCGAAAUUGAGGAAUUAUUUAGUAACGGGGGACCAUCUUCAUGUGCUCCUGCCUUUGAAGAGAAGCAUAGCAAUGUUGUUUAG